AUGGGGAACGAGUGGGAGCCCCCGGAUAAGAAGGUGGACACCAGGAAGUACCGAGCCGAGCCCAGGAGCAUCUUCGAGUACGAGCCGGGGAAAUCAUCGGUGCUGAGGCUGGAGAGGACGAAUGUGUGUGCGUCUCGCUGCCAAAAGUUCUUGAUCUCGCGUGUGGGAGAGGACUGGAUCUUCCUCAUUCUGCUGGGACUGCUAAUGGCUCUGGUCAGUUGGGUCAUGGACUACGCCAUUGCCUUCUGCCAAGAAGCUCAGAAAUGGAUGUACGGUGGCCUGGACAGCAACAUGCUCCUGCAGUACAUCGCCUGGGUUACCUAUCCAGUGGUGCUCAUUACUUUCUCAGCAGGAUUCACUCAGAUCCUGGCACCUCAGGCUGUGGGUUCAGGUAUUCCUGAGAUGAAAACGAUACUUAGAGGGGUGGUUCUCAAGGAGUAUUUGACUUUCAAGACGUUUGUGGCCAAAGUCAUUGGUCUGACCUGCGCUCUGGGCAGUGGGAUGCCUCUGGGGAAAGAGGGACCAUUCGUUCAUGUUGCCAGUCUGUGCGCUGCUCUGCUGAGUAAAUUCAUGGCUGCUGUUUUUGGUGGAAUUUACAUGGAAGAGCCCUUUGAAGGAAGCAAGAACGAGCUGAGGAACACAGAGAUGCUUUCGGCUGCGUGUGCAGUGGGCGUUGGCUGCUGCUUUGCCGCCCCAAUCGGAGGUGUGCUGUUCAGCAUUGAAGUCACGUCAACCUUUUUUGCAGUGAGGAACUACUGGAGGGGCUUCUUUGCUGCCACCUUCAGUGCUUUUAUAUUCAGGGUGCUGGCUGUGUGGAACCAGGAGGAAGAGACCAUCACCGCUCUCUUUAAGACACGUUUCCGUCUGGAUUUCCCGUUUGACCUUCAGGAGCUGCCGGCGUUCGCCAUUCUCGGGAUUGCUUGUGGUUUUGGUGGUGCUCUGUUUGUUUAUCUGAACCGGCUGAUUGUGGAGUGCAUGAGGAAACAAAAGACCAUCAACAAGUUCUUGCUGAGAAAUCCAUCUCUUCCUGUCAGGCGGCUGCUGUACCCGGCUCUCGUCACCCUGCUGGUCUCUACGCUCACGUUUCCUCCGGGCUUUGGGCAGUUCAUGGCUGGACAGCUGACGCAGCACGAGUCUCUGGUCGCUCUGUUUGACAACCGUACGUGGUGCCGUCAGGGCGUGGCUGAGGAGUUCCACUACAUCAGCCACCAUCACGCCUGGAAACACCCUCAGGUCAACGUCUUCAUCACGCUCGUUCUCUUCAUCGUCAUGAAGUUCUGGAUGUCCGCUGUGGCCACCACCAUGCCCGUUCCCUGUGGAGCCUUCAUGCCUGUGUUUCUAAUCGGUGCAGCGUUUGGCAGACUGGUUGGUGAAAUCAUGGCAGCCACGUUCCCCGAUGGCAUCCACGCAGACGGCAGUGUGUACCCCAUAGUCCCAGGUGGUUAUGCUGUAGUUGGUGCAGCAGCUCUGUCUGGAGCUGUCACUCACACCGUAUCCACAGCCGUCAUUGUUUUUGAGCUGACCGGUCAGAUCUCUCACAUCUUGCCCGUGAUGAUCGCCGUGAUCCUGGCCAACGCCGUGGCGCAGGCACUCCAACCGUCGCUUUACGACUCCAUCAUCCGCAUCAAGAAACUCCCCUAUCUGCCUGAGCUGGGGAUGGGACAUCACGAGAAGUACAACAUCCGCGUGGAGGACAUCAUGGUCAGGGAUGUGCGUUUUAUCACUCUGAACUCUUCAUACAGAGAUCUGCAGGAGAUGCUGCUGACCAGUCAUCUCAAAACGCUCGCCCUGGUUGAAUCAGGAGAGUCCAUGAUCCUGCUGGGCUCCAUCGAGCGGCUGCAGCUCCAGUCCCUGCUCUCCCUUCAGCUGAGCCGCCAGCGGAGGCUCGAGUACCUCCGCCAGCUGGCCCAGGACAACGGCACCCCCGACUCUCUGCCCAGCCUGACGUCCGACAGCUCCCCCAGCUCCCCAUGCACCCACGUUCACCUCAACGCAUCCACCAACGCCAGCGCUCGCCAAGGGGUCCGCUUCCUGGUGAGCUCCCAACAGAUCUCCACAGAGGAGUCCUCCUCCUUCAGCCCGGUGGUGUCCAACGCUCAGCUGCCUCUGAAAUCUGCCUUGAAAUCUGUAUCCGCCAUCAGCAACACGGAGACGCCCAACAGCUCACAGACUUUCUCUUGUGCUGAUCAGGACAAGGAGCUGCUGGAGAGUCCGGCCAGGCCGGCUUCUCCUGAAAACAGAAAGUCCAAACCCAGCCGAGUGAGGAUCUCCAUGGCGGUAGCAGAGUGGGAGGACCAGCAGCUCGAUGAGCUGGUGGACUUCAAGAACUGCAAAAUUGAUCCCGCUCCCUUCCAACUGGUAGAACAAACGUCUCUACAUAAGACUCACACCAUCUUCUCUCUGCUGGGCCUGGAUCACGCCUAUGUGACCAGUAUGGGUCGACUGGUUGGAGUGGUUUCUCUCAAAGAAUUGCGUAAGGCCAUCGAGGGAUCCGUGACAGUGACCGGCGUGAAAGUCCGCCCUCCUCUGGCCAGUUUCCGCGACAGUGGAAACAGCACAAACGUAUCUGAGGUAACAGAACUGCACAAGCUGUGUAUGCGCCACAAAGGUCUGUCCUUACCUCGAGAACCCAAUCCUCCCAACGGGGCGAAAAAGACGGACCUUUCAUACAAAGACGUCGCGGUCAGCUUCACGGACAAAGUGCACUUACAGUUUGAAAACAGCCUUGGCGACGUCACAAUGUCGGACUUGGUGCUUCAAGAAAGCCCCUCAUUCACAGAGGACCAAUCAGAGUUCACGUUUGACUGCAGCCCCUCCCACACCGAGGAAUCAGAGCUGGUCUGUGACCACGAUCCUCCCGCCCAAACUCCGGAGCCAAAUGAAACCGACCAGCAGCAGCGAAGCCCAUCGCUACACAAGGACCGAUCAGAACCUGUGGGAGAAGGUGACACUGAGGACCAGCCCGAUUGA